GGCGCCGGGGUCAGCGAGAUGGAAGUGGCCGCCGCGGCUCGGGCCGCGCGGCGCUCGCUGGGGCCGGCCCGGGCCCUGCGCUGCGGGCCGGGUCUCCGGGGGAGAUGGCCCUUGUCCGCCGGAGGGGCUUCUCUCAGGCUUUGCAGCACGCGGGCCACUCUGGAGGGCAUCAACAAGCCCCUCGUAGACCGCAUCAUCCGGGUGGACCAUGCGGGGGAGUACGGCGCAAACCGCAUCUAUGCGGGGCAGAUGGCUGUCCUGGGUAGAUCGAGCGUGGGACCCAUUAUCCAGCAAAUGUGGAAUCAAGAAAAAGACCACUUGAAAAAGUUCAGUGACCUAAUGGUGUCAUACAGAGUUCGACCUACUGUUUUAUUGCCUUUUUGGAAUGUAGCAGGCUUUGUUUUAGGGGCUGGAAGUGCUUUACUGGGAAAGAAAGGUGCGAUGGCUUGCACAGUGGCAGUGGAAGAGAGUAUUUCAGAUCACUACAAUAGCCAGAUCCGAAGUCUUAUGGAAGACGAUCCAGAAAAGUACAAAGAACUGUUGCAGGUGAUAAAACAAUUCCGGGAUGAUGAGCGGGAGCACCAUGACAUUGGGCUCGAGCACGAUGCGGAAGCGGCACCAGCUUAUUCAGUUUUGAAGACAGCUAUACAACUUGGAUGCAAAGCUGCAAUAUUUUUAUCGGAAAGAAUUUAGUGACAUUUUCCAUAAUGUUUGUGGUAAUAAACUGACACAAAAGUGUAUGGGAAUUGCAGAAGAAUAAUAGCUUGGUUUUAUGCAGUCUUUUAAGAUUUUUCUUCACUAAUCAUCUGGUUCAGCCACUCUUUGUCACAUUGAGUACCUGUUCAAAAAGUCUCUCUGUUAUAGUCAGUUGAGCUAAAUGUGAUUAAAGGUGGCAGCACUGAGUCUGUAUGAAAUAAAACUCCUUAUUCAGAGUCUGUUCACAA